UGAAUGCAAUGACUACGGCGGCGUGAUUAAGAUGAAGUGCAGCUGGUCAGGCUCGAUUUCCUUAAUUCCUUAGCUGUGUGUUUACAGAUUGUCUACGGAAUUCAGAGAAACGCCCUUCCUAGAGACAUCCAGAUCACAGGACCGUUUCCAAAGAUGGAACUGGAAAGGGUAAGCGAGCUGGAUGGGUGAAGCACAAGCCAACUCAAUUUUGCGCAGAACACGACAGGUACAGAAUACCUUAUGAGGUUUCUUCAGCCCUGGGACCACAGUUCUUGUGUUAAUUAUUUUGAGUGUUUGGAGUUGGGCUCCUGCCACGUGCUAAUGUAGACAAACUCGGAAGGGUCCUGUGGAGACUGGAGCCCCCCCCCCCCCCCGAAGGAGUGGGACCUGUGGUGUCACUUUUAGGCAGAAUGGGAAACCUGAUUGCAAAAGAAAGCUUGGCGGCUGAAGGGACCAAUCAGCAGAUUGAGGGACAGGGUCCUGUGGAUUGCGUGUCCUACAUGCCUCACGAGGGACAGGGUCCUGUGGAUCGCGUGUCCUACAUGCCUCACGAGGGACAGGGUUCUGUGGAUCGCGUGUCCUACAUGCCUCACGAGGGACAGGGUCCUGUGGAUCGCGUGUCCUACAUGCCUCACGAGGGACAGGGUUCUGUGGAUCACGUGUCCUACAUGCCUCACGAGGGACAGGGUCCUUUGGAUCCUUUAUCCCAUGCACCUCAAUCUCUCACCUCCCCAGACAGGGCAGCGCUCUGCCCCCCACCCCACUCCACUCCUGCAGUACCAGGCAAGCCAGACAGGAGGUGUUCUCAGGACAAUGUCACCAUGGAUACAGGGGAGGACUGGCCUGCUGUCAGGAGCAGUGAUAGAAGAGCAGUUUCUCUACCUGUGAAUCUUGGACGGGACAUGCCCAGUGAGGAUCUCUCUAGGAGCCAGGAAAGCUUGGUGGCGUUGGACAGCAAAGGACGUUACAAGGAGGAGGGGAAACCAGUACAUACUGCGAACUGGGAUAUCCAGCCAGACAAAGCCACAACUCAUCAUGUGAGAUGCACUUCAGCCUGGAAGGACUCGGAGUGUUUAAGCCCAGCGUACUCCACAAAGAGACAGUGCAGCUCAUCUUCAUCCCUAGCCUCUGGGCCCCAACGUGAUCAAAGAGACGGCAGUCCAGUGCACUGGGGUGAGAAGGACAGUGGCCUGGAUCAUUCAGCCGAGCAGGACAGCACAGUAGCAGAUUCACCAGAUGAGAUGGAGGGGUUUGUGAAGGAGACCAAGGAUAGGCUCCACUCUUCUGAGUGUGGGACCCAGAGUGGCACUGCCACUCCUACAGACAGUGAGUCUGUGAAGUGUUUGCGUGCGGAAAAAGAAGAAUUGCUGACUGAAAUAAAAAGUUUAAAGGAGAAGAUGAAGGUGGACUCAGAAGAGUGGAGUCAGUUCCAGGCUGACCUGCAGGUGGCAGUGUCUGUUGCGGACAGGUUGAAAUCGGAGGCAGAGGAUGAACUGAGCAUGCUCGGCACAAGAUUACAGGAGACCGAAGCAGAGCUGAGUGCUCUUAGACUAUUGCAUCAGGAGAUGGAGAAAGAGUUUAAGGCUCUCAAGGUAUCGCAUGAGGAAACAUUGUCGGAGCAGGUCAUGCUCAAAGCAGCCUAUCAGGAAAUGGAGACGGAGCUGAGGGUGCUCCGAACAGGUCGCCAGGAACAGGAGGUGGCAGUCUGCCGGAAAGUACAGGACAAGCACGAGAGGAGCAGAACAGUGGAUGCAGGAGAGCUGCUGAAAGAAAGACGCCUCUUCAAACUCUCCCUGUCCUCCCUGCCUCCCCCUACUGUGAAUGGAGACUCGCACCACUGGAAAUCCACGCAGUCUUCCACAGAGCUACUUUUCAACGAGAAGGAGAAAGCUUCCAGAGGAUGGAGGGUCAAGAAACCUGAGGAGGCCUGUGUGAGCCCAGCACUCACUGCUGCAGAGAAAAAGCAGGACGAUCUAACUCUUGUCCAACAUAACCGUGUUGGGAUGGCAGCUGCAACAUCUUUAAAUAAGAUCAGACAGAGGGAUGGUUUGAGUUCUCUGGUGAAGCGUCAUGGUGGCUCCAAGAGAAAUUCGCUUCUGCGCUGGUGCCAGAGCAGGACAGAGGGCUACCAGAAUAUUGACAUCACCAACUUCAGCAGCAGCUGGACAGAUGGCCUGGCUUUUUGUGCUCUCUAUCAUACAUACCUACCCAACCACAUCCCCUACAGCAGACUGAGCCCUCUCAACAAGAGAGAGAAUCUGACCUUGGCAUUCAAAACUGGUGAUGGUAUAGGAAUACCACCGUCUCUGACUGUGGAGGAGAUGUUGAGAGCUGAGGGGCCAGACUGGGUGAGAGUGCUGGAGUAUGUGGAAUGCAUCUACAAGCACUUUGAAAUGUGAACACAGGAAAUGCCAGCUGGAGGACUGUGUAUCAUUCUUUUGAAUCUCCAGUGUGUGUCCUCACAGCAAGAAUCAUCCGCGGUUGACUGUAAGCUGUCAUCCCACCUGAACGCAAUGUGGUGCUGUACAGCUAAUGGGGGGGGGGGGGGGGGGUGUAAGGUACACAAAUUCACUUCUUUUAAUGUUGGAAAGUACGGUAUUUUGAAAUUAGCUCUUGAAAGGUCAGUUCUACUCUGGGGCUGGGGUCUAUUUAUCUGGGAAACUAAUUUUGAUGCUUUUUUAUGAAGUUAUGAACAGAGGAGAUGUUACCCUGUAGCUGAUAAAUAAGGGUAUAUUUUAGUAGAAAUGGAAGGAUGUAUGAGUCAGCAAAUUAUUGUAUUUAAUUGGCCCUAAUGAACAGUAAAACAUGUCUCAAAUGUUGCUGUAGAUGCAUCAUAUGCCAGAUAUAUUCUUAAAGGGCAUAGUCUUUUUUUUUUUUUUCUUUCUUUCUUAAGGUAUGUUUUUUGUAAAUAAGCACUAUACUUUAUUUGUCACUUUUUUUUUGUGAAAACUUCUCAUACGUCCAAUUUGAGGUUAGCCAAUUGUUUUAUGGCUGGUGUCUGAUUUCUCCUAUUUCCUGAUUUUCAAACUGAACUUGCCCAAGUACUAAUGCAGUUCAACUUUGGCUGUUCACACCUUUACCUGAGUUGGACAGGUGUGUUUCACAUAUUUAAAAUACUAAUAAACCUUUAAACCUUAAAUUAAUUUAAAAUGAGUGUAAUGCAAAUAUGUGAAUUGGUGCCAAAGGUUUUGUAACAUGAAGAAAAAAGUAAAGGAGCUGCUAAUCCUGGUUUGUUGAACUGAUAGAUUUGUGUAGGUUGUAUGUUGAAUUGUCAAUCAGUUGUUAAUGGCAGACUGAAAACAUGUUGAUGUGAAAUACUUCUGUUAAAUAUUUCAAAUAAAGUGAAUAGCUUACUGAAA